AGAUCUACUACUACUUCAGGAUGAUCCACGGCUUCCCUAUGACAGGAUAUUUUUGUCAAGCAGGAAGAUGGGGCUAAGAGCCCAAGGAAUGUUGAUAUGCGUGCGGCGUGGUGGUUUGGUGAAAUAUGAUGUUAUCGUUGAGCUUCUGCUUCACCGAUCCAGCAGAAAGUGUGGUGGUAGAUUGCAAGUCGAAGACGUGCUGUAGGCGUGUAAAGCAGGGUUCUAGUUUUAUCGUGUUACAACGGAAUCAUGGAGGACUCAUCCUCUUCAGCGAUUUUUAUAUACUGUUUGACAGCUACUUCUGCUUCUGCAAUAACUUGAACUUUUUCACUUUCUCUUGCACGUCGCCCCUUCGAAAUCAAACCGCGUCUACUUCAACAUUUUAA